GCGCAUGCGCAAUAUAAAUCUUAUUAUAAAAGUAGCAUAGUCAGUGUUGGGUGUCUAAACGUCAGGAUGUCAAAACUACCUUUCAAAAAGCGACUAGUAAUUACCUCCAACCAGGAGCCAGAUAAUGAAGCAAGUCUCAACUCUCAAGAAUCCUCUGUUAAGAGUUUGGGAAGCUUUAGACUUCGCUUUAAAAGUGGUGACACUAACAAAACGAAACCAGGCAGGGACACAGCUACAGCUACUCCAGAUGCAAACCUUCAAGCAGAAAUAUCAAUGGAUACUAUACAUCAGAAUGUACCGGAAUCUUCACAGCCAGAGGCAUCGAUGGAAGUCAUUCCGAAGGCUCGGCAAACUGAGAUACUGAGUGAGGAAAGCAUAAAAUUUGAAGACAUAAUUGCAGACCCAACAUCACCAGAUCCUGAAGUCUCUAUCGUAGAUAAUUCUAGAGCUCAGCCUUCUGAGAUUUGCAAACAUGGAUAUCAGGAGAGACCAACCGAAGAAGUGAUUGAUAGCUUGUUCAGCGAACAAAAAUGCACAACUUUGACCAACAGUUUUGAUGAGGAAAAUAAAUCUCUUUUACUUCAAAGCAAUGGCACUCUACUCUCGGAUAACAAGUCAGUUCUACCACGAACUCCCAUACAUUAUCAGGAUGAAAGCUAUCAACAGGAAAAGGAACCUACACAGGCCGAGACAGAACAUUCCAAAGAUGACCAGCAAUGGCCAGCUGAGGAAAUGACUCAGGAAGUUGACGUAUUGCAGAAAGGGGUGGAUCUCAUACGUACAGAAAAGCUACAACAAAUACACACUGGACAAGACGCUGUAUCAGCUCCAGGAAAUGUAGCGCAAGAGCUACAGAAAAAAGAUCACAGAGAACCCCUAGAAAUGGGGAAUGAGGAUUAUCACUUGCCAGAGAUUGAAAUCGCAAUCGAGGGAAAUGACGAGCCAAUAGACACAGAGGAACAGUACUCAGAUACUCACGAAAUACACUCUUUAGAAAUGGAACUCGGAGUUGUAGAUAUAUGUGAAGUGCACGAGAAAGGCCACCAUUUAAACAACAGCAAUCCGCACAUAUUACCUCUUUCAGAUGAAUCCACAGAGGACACACCCGAACGUAUAGAGGAUUCGUUUCAUUUUCUUUCCCCAGAGGAAGAGCCAGUAUUGAGUCCUGAUUUUCAAGAAAGAGCUAUUCGAUCAGUAUCUGCUGUUGUCAUACAUAACAGCACACCAUCGUCUCUAUCUUACUCUAUGCUCAAAUGUCGAGACAAUUGCAAUGGAUGCUGCACAUACAAUUUCUGUAACAGUAAAAAUUCGCAGGUACCAAAAGUUUCUCCAGAAGCACACACAGCUAGCAAGCAAGGCAUUACAAUGAUGAAGAAGCUUAUUUAUCCGGGUAUGCCGAAGGUGUUUCAAGAUUUGUGGGUGCUGACUGAGCUUGCUAUAACCAUCACACAGCUGGUACUGGCUGUAAUAUCACUGGCUUUGAAUCAGAAUGUGUUCAACAUUGUGUAUGUUUCAAUCACUGCUUUUGGACUUCUCUUGGCUUUAAUGGACUCCUUCCUCCACUUUAUCACCCUCGGCUCAUGUGCCUCUAUCAUCAAAAAUUUCAGAAAUAAACGCAGGAACAAACUAAAUGCAAUGAAAAAAGUGCCGGACAAUGAGCAGAAUGGUGGUGGUUGUUCAUUGUUCUCGACAGAAACAAGACAGCAAAUACUCGAAGUUUUGGACUUCAUUCGUAACUGGAUCACAGACAUUGUUCUCUACCCUCUGGUUAUCUUAGAUCUGUACGACCUCAUUACGUCUCAGCUGUAUCUUCUUGAAACCAGCGACCAUAGAGUCAAUUUUAGCCUAUUCAUAAUCUCUGCCGCAUUUCUACUGCUGUCUGUUUACCUCACUCGAAUUGUUAUGAUUGUCACAGCAUCUUUGAAUCUUCGUCGAGUGCCUUCAGAUUCAUCGGGCUCACAUAAGAAGAUUGUGAGCAUGUCAUUAUGGUUUCUGCUUCAUGCUUUUGCUCAAAUUGUCAUUCAUGCUUUGAUCUUUGUAUCAAUCGGAAUGAAUAUCUAUUUGGAAAAUACGGAAUUUCAAUUAGUUGAAACUAAUUCCACAAAUUCUAGACCCAUGAUUGAUUUUUUUUCUAUUCCAACAAAUUCGAGUUCUCUUAACUCAAGUUUCUUUCUGAUAUACUCAACGGUAACCGGGCUCCUCGUCACGCAGCUUGGCCUUGCUUCGUUCUUUAUUGUCAACUAUUAUCAGAUCAGAGAGCUAUCAAUUGCAUUCUGGGUAGACAUGAUUUCAAUGCUACAGUCAGAAAAUUUUGCCGGCCUUGUUUUUGGUGGAGGAAUCAAGUCUGCCAAGAAAAAAACACAAGAGAUUGCACAGAACAAGAAGUACAAAAAGGUUAAGGAAAAUUUGGUGACUAUUGAAACCGCCCCAUUGUACGUUAAGCUGUUCUAUCCAUUCCGCGUACCCGUGUUCGUUGUGCUUGGCAUCCUGUACGGAAUUCUCUUGGGAACAUUUCUUGCCUUUCUCAGCAUGACUUGUAGCCCAAUGCCUGGUUCGUCUGAAUUUGUCUGUGUGUCGUUUUUUACCAACCCUUCCGUCUAUUCCAUCCCUUACUUCUUCACAUUCGCCAUUAUCAUUUUGGCUAACAUACAAGUCAUCUUCAUGGUGUUUGUCUGGGCGCUAGUCGUGUCUGUAGUCAUCUUCUCCAUUGUAAUCUCUCCGGUUUUACUCGUGAUUUUUAUCAUACUGUACAUCAUAGCUGUUUGUUUGCUGCUGCUGGAGGAUCUUUGCCGGGAAAAGAAUAUUUUGUCCAAGCCAGGUCCUGGAGUGAAUGGUAAUCAUUCUCGAAAAGAAAACAUGCGAAGAGCUGUGAACAUGACACUGUUUGUAAAAUAGCUGGUAUAUACAUAACCAUGCAAGGACGUAUCAGAAGAAUUAUGAUUAUAUAUACCUAAAACUUUUGUGUAGGAUUAUAGAGUGUUCUUAUUAUGUAUGUACACUACAUACUAUAUUACAUAUAAUUUUAUUGCAACAUGA